GGUGACGGACACAUGACGUAGCACGUGUUUAUUUUUAGUACUCACGUGAUACCAUUAUACAUAUACAGACCGAGGAAGUGAAAAUACACAAAGAUGAAGCUUUCAAUUUUCUUAAUUGUGUUUGUUUCGAUCUUAGGACAAAUCGAUGCAUUUGUUGGUCGGAGGUUAUGGCAGUACCGACAACAGGUGGAGGAAGUGAGAAGGAAGCAAGUUGAUUCUCAACUUCAGCUUUUAUACAAACAUAAAGGUUAUAAACAAAGCCCUGUGAAAACAUACUACCUUAAGCAGCCUCUGGAUCACUUUAAUGCAUUGUCAAAGGAGUUGGGUAAAACAUAUAAACAAAGAUAUUAUGUAAAUGCAGAAUAUUGGUUUGGUCCUAAGAGUCCGGUGUUUUUGUAUAUUGGUGGGGAAGGAACUUUAUCGUCUCGGGCGGUUGAGGCAGGGGAGAUUGUGGAUCUUGCGAAGAAACACAAUGCACUCAUUGUCGGAGCGGAGCACAGAUUUUACGGAGCCAGUUUGAAUGAUGACGGCCUACAGCUAGAGGAACUUCAGCAUCUCUCCAGCCAACAGGCAUUAGCAGACCUGGCUACGUUUGUAAACCAUAUCCAAAAAGAGUAUGGUAUCCCAGAUUCUACACCGUGGGUCAGUUUUGGCGGCAGCUACCCUGGGGCACUGUCUGCUUGGUUUAGAUUAAAGUAUCCUCAUCUUGUAGUGGCAGCAGUAGCAUCCUCUGCCCCUGUGCAGGCCGUUACCAACUUUGAGGGUUAUAAUGAGGUAGUGGCGGCAAGUUUUAAAAGUGAUCUUGUAGGUGGGUCACAGGAGUGCCUGGAUAUGAUAAAGAAAGGAUUUCAAACGAUAGACUCAAUGAUUGCAGACGGAAAAUAUGAUCAACUACGUACAGAUUUCAAAUCUUGUAACAUGUUGUCUAUGAUACCAGAUCAAGUGCUGUUUGUUUCUAACCUGGCCGGAUAUUUCAUGGGCGUGGCUCAGUAUAACAAUGAGAUACCAGGACAGAAUAUAUCACAUGUAUGUAAAGUUAUGCUGUCAACCAGUGAUCCGUAUCAAAAUCUGAUUACACUCAACCAGGAAUCCCUUGACCAGGCGCAUGAGCCAUGUAUGGAUAAUUGUUUUAUGAAUUAUACCAGUUCAUUUGCUAACACAACAGUUGACAAGAAUGCUUUUGGUCCUGGAAUCAGACAAUGGACUUACCAAACUUGUUCACAAUUUGGAUAUUACCAGACAUGUGAUGUUGACACCACCUGCCCAUUUUCUCACCUGAUGGAUCUUGAGAACAGUGAUAUACAGAUGUGCCGUGAUGUUUUCAAGAUUGAUACAUCUGAUGUUGAUGUCAAUGUACAAUUCUCAAAUGAUUAUUAUGGAGGCAAUCACACGCAGCAAUCCAAGAUUAUAUUUGUAAAUGGCUCAAUAGAUCCGUGGCAUAAGUUAAGUAUACUAACCAAUCAGACGACAGUUGGUUCGUACAGUGUAUUUAUCCCCGGCACUGCACACUGUGCUGACCUUAGUCCCCAACAUGACACUGACACUGUAGAGUUAAAGAAUGCUAGACAGGAAAUUGCGUCUUUAGUGGGACAGUUUUUAGAAGAGGCUUAUACAAAGAAGUUUUGAUUGAAGAGAAAAAGAAGCCAAUAAAAAUAAUCUCCUUAUUCAACAUUCCACAGUCAGCAAUUGAAUUAAUGCAUUGAUGUCUAUUUUAGACACAACGUUAUUGAUGAUCUUUGUUUAAAGGCACAUUAUGCUUCAGAAAUCCAUAUUUUUUUUAAUUCUUUAUUAUGUCAAACAUGUGUUUAAUUAUGUUCUAAUAAUGGAUUAAGAGCAUGUUAGCUGUUUAAUAUCUGAAGAAAGUAGCACUAAAUGUGCAGUUAUGUCUCAUAAUGGUAGCUAAAUGUAAACAAAAUAGUAUUUUCGUACAAACUACUUAUUCACUUUAAGUAUACCAGUUGCCAACAGAUCAAAAGAAGCAAAUAUAUUCUUCAUGUAUAUGGCAAAUGAAUAUUUUAAAGAAACUGUAACAAGAUACUGUAAGAAGACACCAAAAUCAAAACAGUUUUUGAGAAAUAUAAAUGAUAGCAUUUCUUAGGCAUAGUGUGCCUUAAAAAAACUUCUUUUUUAUACAUAUAUGUGAUAGAAACUUAUGAUGAUUGUUUAAUGUAUGAUAUAAUUGUGCCAUUUUUAUCAAAUUCUAUCUAAAACAUAAUUUUUAAUAAAUAAAUGUCUCCUGCUGAUUUCUGUAUUUUUGUUACUUGGAAUUUUUAUAUUUGAUGCUAAAAGAGAGAUUAUGAUCAUCAUAUAUUGUCAUAGUUACUAUUUUUUUUAUAUAUAAUUUUUAUUUUGUCAAUUAAGAGAUGUCAAAUUAAGAAAUAAUAAGAUUAUAAU